CGGGCCGGCCGCACUAUAAGGUGGCGGGCGGCGGCGGCCGCCUCGCCGAGCGGAGGGUGGGCCUGGAGUGAGCGUCCACUGCCCGCCGCUGCCCGCCGCUGCCCAGCCGCCCGCUCUCGGCCUGCGAGCCCCGCCAGCUGCUGCCCUGCCGCGGUCCAGAACAUCGUCCAGCAUGGCCACGUCCACCAGCUCCCACCUGAACAAGGGCAUCAAGCAGAUGUACAUGAGCCUUCCGCAGGGGGAGAAGGUUCAGGCCAUGUACAUCUGGAUCGAUGGCACGGGGGAGGGUCUGCGCUGCAAGACCAGGACCCUCGACUGCGAGCCCAAGAGCGUGGAAGAGUUGCCCGAGUGGAACUUCGACGGCUCGAGCACCUUCCAGUCGGAAGGGUCCAACAGUGACAUGUACCUGGUCCCGGUCACCAUGUUCCGGGACCCAUUCCGGAAGGACCCCAACAAGCUGGUGUUCUGUGAGGUCUUCAAGUACAAUCGGAAGCCGGCAGAGACCAACCUGCGGCACACCUGUAAGCGCAUCAUGGACAUGGUGAGCAACCAGCACCCAUGGUUCGGGAUGGAGCAGGAGUACACGCUCAUGGGCACGGAUGGGCACCCCUUCGGCUGGCCCUCCAAUGGCUUCCCGGGGCCCCAAGGUCCCUACUACUGCGGCGUGGGGUCCGACAAGGCUUACGGGCGCGACAUCGUGGAGGCUCACUACCGGGCCUGCCUGUACGCGGGCAUCAAG